GAGCAGUCGUGCCCACUUGGUAUGAAACGAAAAAAAAUUCUCUGGUAGUUCUCCCUUUGUAAAUAGACAGCUGUCAAACUGUCAACCUUGGGUCGCCAUUAAAUAUUUUGGAGAAGUUAGUUAUUUUCCUUAACAUACAAUAGAAUUUUGGUAUAUUUUCCAUCAUAAUCUCAAAAGGUUUAAUGACGUUAUAGCGACAUAUUAUUAUUGAUUCUUCGGAUUUAAAACCAAAGUAAUAAUAUAAACUCACGAUGAAUGCCGAUCCGCGAAGACCAGAUAAAGUCCAACGUUAUGUGGCAAAAAAUAACUCCAACGCAGAAGAUCUGACUCCUGAUUACAUGAAUAUUAUGGGUCAGCAACCGACCACGGCAAAUGCAGCUGGCGAGGUGAUUGAAAAACAGCCAGAUCCACCUACAACUGGUGAGCCGAACCUUCAAGUACGCCCUACAGCCCUUGAAGAGGUUCAGUCUCUAAAUAAUGAACUUGUUGCAAGCAAUGCCGCUAAUGUGAUACCCACCAGCCCUCAAUAUGGUGUUGCCAUUAUCUCCAGUAAUGUAACAGUUCCAGCGGUGCACGAUUUUCCCGCAGAAACUGUCUCUUUGCCUAUUGAAACCAGUGUGGACACAACUGCAAAGGCAGACGAUACUAAAGAUAUUCAUCCGGCUCCCAGUCGAAAUGAUAGAUUUAAAGUGGUUAAAAUUGCUAGUCUAGAACCUUUCAAAAGAGGUAGAUGGAAAUGCAUGGAUUAUGUGGACGAAGCGCCUCCACCAAGCGUUGUUAAUAAUACUACCAAUAAAACACCCCAAUCUACAGGUAAUGCUGGAGUUAGUGGAGGUGUUUAUUUACAUUCACAAAGUCUACCGCCUCAGCAAAUUCAGCAGAUGCUUAUACAAGGUGGAUUUACCAAUGGUACUCAAUUUUUUCCUACCGUACCAGCCCAGCUCCUGCCCCAAGCUCAGUACUUUUACCCCCAAGUCGGCAAUAUGCAAAAUCAAACGAUUCCGCAGCCUGUAGCAUCAACUAUGCCUGCCCAAUUUAUUAAUAAUCAAACUUAUUUCCCUACUGGAGUUGUGACUAACCCGGCGGGUUUUGCAUUACCUCAAAGUUAUCCCAAUAUCCAAUAUGUUCCAAUACCAACUCAGGGAGGAGCAUUUGUGCCCACUUCACAAACUGUGCAGUUGCCAACAAAUUUUCCACAAAGUCAGACUUUUGGAGGUCAGGCAAGUGUGUCUCAAGCAAAUAUUGUUCAGCCCAUUGUAAAUGGCCACAAUUAUACUCAACAAUCUGAUCAACAAAUGACAAGUCAGGCUGUGAAAAAUGUGGUAGUCAAUUCAAUACCCAGUAGUCAGUCCCAACAACAGCCCGCAGUGCAAAAUCAACCAUCACAGUCCCUCAUACAGGGGCAGCAAUAUCAAUCACAAAGUGGUACAUACCAACAGGGGGCCUCUUUACCCAAUCCCCUGACUCAGACUCAGCCAACAAGCCAAACUCUAGUUACCAGUGUAACAACCACCCCUACAGUCAUAGCCGCUCCGGUAAUAGCAGUUCCUCAACAAAUACAACCAAAUAAUGAUGCAAAUAAUGUUUAUACAAAUCCUCAGUUUGCUAUGAGUGUGAAUAGUUUAACAGUGUUAGGAAAUAGUGAGAACCCUUUGGACGCUAAUGAACCAAACAGUGUGGCCGAAACAGUGGGUGAUGGUACAGAAGAUCCAUCAAAAAGCAAUCCUGUUGUCAAUGCGAUAGACAACAAAAUCGAACAAGCAAUGGACUUAGUCAAGAGUCACCUUAUGUACACUGUAAGGGAAGAAGUCGAGGUAUUAAAAGAAAAAAUCGCAGAACUCAUGGAAAAAAUACAACAACUAGAAACAGAAAACAAUUAUUUGAGGUCUCUGAUACCGAAAAACCAAAGCAUAACCUCCACUACGACAACAACCACCACCUAUACAAAUCCCGUGACGCAACCCCAACCAUCUAACGUUUCUGCUGUACCAUCUAAUCCGAACGUAAUUACGCAGAACUCGAACCCGGUCGCGGGCAAUACCAACCCCAGCCCCGGCGUAUCGAUAACGUCGCUUCCCCCUAGUCAAACGGCAAGCAUUCCUAAUAACUCGACAAUUCCGCCCACGCAAAAGGAGACAUCAGGCAACGAAUGAUCCGAUUCAAUCGUUCGGCCAGUUUAAGCCUAUUUUUUUUUGUAUUGUUUCGUUUAUUUAGCAUCCAUUAGUUGUAUGUUUUAUCGUAUGUUUUCGACUGCCUUUUUUAGUAUAGACUUAUCAAAUAGCUAAAAGGUAACUGUGAUGGACGACUUCAAGCGGAGAUUUGCCGGACAGACAUUUUUGCUGUUGUUUUUGACUUCCUCGGUAAAUUGUCGGGAUAUUUGAACCAUACGAAAAUUGAAAAUAAUGGUUUAUAUUAACCCGUUUCCUUUCUUUUGUUUUACUCGGAACCUUCAGUGGAAAAAAUUGGAAAAUCUCGCCCCACUUAUGUUUACCGUUUACAUUUGGCUAAGAAGAGGAGGUUUAUGACGCAGGUCGUCGAUUUAUGAACUAACUAAUUAUUCUAGGCGGUGGGGAUUAGUGUUUUCAUAUAUCCGCUUACACCCCAAUGGCGAGUUUUGUAUGGAGAAAAAUAAUUUUCCAAUUAUAAUUUAAUAAAUUAGACAAAAAUAUUGUUGAAGUCGUAUACCAUUUCGGUGUUUCAAUGAAUUUCCGGAAGAGCCUAGAUUUGCCUAUAUUGAUAGCUGUAUGUAUAUCCUACACUAAGUUUGACCUUAGCGGAUUUAUAGAUAGCAAGAGAAAUGUAUUGAAAUGUAAUGGGUAGGGAAUUGUCAAUAAUUGAAAAGAAAAACUAGCAAAUCGGUAGAUAGGUCAAUGCACGCCAAAGGUCAAACCCGCAGUAAUAUACUACAAAAUGUUAGCACUGAAAAUUUGUCAAACGUAGUAUUGUUUUUCUCAAUAUCGUAGCACCUAUGGAAAUCUGGUAUAUGUAUUUUAAUCAUAUAACGUGUAAUCAUACUAGUAUAGAAACAGCAACAAAUUAUUAGCCUUUUUCUAUCGUUGUAUUACUUUUGUAUCUGAUUGUUGCAAUUUUGUGUUUAAAAGUAGAUAAUGUCUAUUGAGUGAUGUUGAAGAAAUAUGGAUGUUUGAGGUGAGCUUCGCGUCGAUGGUCUUUGUUUUGGUUAUGUGUUUUGUCUCCUUUUCCAAAGUAGUUUUUUGCUCGGUUGUGCCAAAUAAUAAAUAAAUUAAUCGCCUGAUAAAUAUUCGAAAUGAAGCUCAUCCCAUCCAGAGAUUAUAUUUUUAUGAUCGGAAUGGCGUUUAUUGGCCGAUAAUAAACAAAUUGUAAAUUGUGUAAAAUUUUGUAAAGUAUGUAGAUUAUGGAAAAUGAAAAACUUUAUUUGAAUUUGGUUCUGAAUGAAUCUGUGAUUUAUUUUGUAUGAGUCUUUGUCGCUUUUUUGAAAAAAAAAAUGUCAAACUAUAUAUACAUAUAUUAAUUAUAUCUGCGAUGCGUUUUAUUAUAUUCCUCUACCACGAUUCGGAGUAAAUAUGUAAUGCUUAUUCUUGACAAAGUGCUUUAGUAUUCAAUAAUUUAAAAGAAA